AUGUCAAAUUCAGCACAAACAAUUGAAGAAAUUAAAAGCUUAUCUCAAUCAGAAAUUCGAAUUGAUCCCCAUCGCCGCAUGGGCGCCAUUGAUCGAAAAAUCUAUAGUGGCUUCCUUGAACACUUGGGAAGAUGCAUAUAUGGAGGAAUUGUUGACUAUGACAAUCCUGAUAAUGAUUUAAUAACAAAAGAGGGUUACAGAAAAGAUGUUGCAAAAGCAUUAAAAGCCCUUGAUAUUCCAGUGAUUCGUUGGCCGGGAGGCAACUUUGUCAGCUCUUAUCACUGGCAAGAUGGUAUAGGCCCAAAGGAGUCAAGACCAAGACGACCUGAAUUGGCGUGGUUGAAUGAGGAACUGAAUUUGUUUGGCACAGAUGAGUUUUUACAUUGGUGUGGUUGGAUGAAAAUAGAACCAUAUUUAUGUUUAAAUAUGGGUACAGGAACUCUUGAUGAAGCAUUGGCAUGGAUAGAAUAUUGUAAUUCAAAUCUGAACACUUACUGGGCCAAUUUGCGUAGAAUUAAUGGGCGCGACGAGCCGUAUAAUGUAAAAUACUGGAGUUUAGGAAAUGAGGUUUGGGGUCCAUGGCAAGUUGGGCAAAUGAAUGAAGAAGAUUACUGUAAAAAGGCAAUACAGUGGGCAAAGGCAAUUAAACUUCUUGACCCUUCAGUGAUUCUAGUGAGCUGUGGCUGUACUGGAUUCUCAAAAUGGGACUACGAAAUAACUCAAAAAUUAUUUCGGUAUGUUGAUUUUCAUUCUAUACACUUGUAUACUAGUGAUAGUAAAGAUCAAAUGAAGAAUAUCACCGGACCAGCUGCUGCUGAAGCUGGAAUUCAAAUUACGGCAAAACUUCUUGAUUUGGCAAAAAUUACAAACUAUAGUAGUUCAAUAUCUAAUAGUGUUGCAGCUACCGAGGAUUUGAAAUUUAAGCAACACCGAGUAAAGAUUUGUUUUGAUGAAUGGAAUGUUUGGGAUCCUGUAAGAGCUGGUGGUGAAGUAGGCUGUGAAGAGAAAUAUACAUUGGGUGAUGCAUUAGCUGUUUCUUCGUGGUUAAACACGUUUAUACGUCAGGCAGAAUACAUUGGGAUGGCAAAUAUUGCUCAAUGUGUCAAUGUUAUAGCCCCAAUUAUGACUAAACAGGAUAAGCUCUUCCUCCAGACAACAUAUCAUCCACUUCGCUUAUUCUCUCAGAAGAUGAGAGGAGAAAGUUUGAAUCUUCAUGUUAAAACUCCUUUGUACAAGGGAGAUACUCGAGGAGGUAAUAUGAAUAUUGAAUGGCUCAAGGACAUUGACUCCAAUAUUUGUAUGCUCGACUGCUCGGCAGCAAUUUAUGAUAAAAACAUUAUUGUGGCAGUAGUUAACAGAUCAUUAACAGAAGACACAACAACUAAAAUCUCACUUUCUGUUGAUCCAAAGAACGUUAACCCUAAUGUUAAUCGGUGUGUUAUUUAUAAUGAGGAUAUUAAUGCUAUCAAUACGUUUGACGAACCGGAAAAUGUUACAGUGAGCGAGAGUAUUAUUUUUUUAAAUUUUAUACCUUUAAAUGGAGAAUCAAAUGCCACAAUUCUGUUCAAAAAACACUCAUUCACUCUCUUAGAAAUCCAGUUAUUAGAUGAAAUUUGA